GCCCAGCACGGCCAGGCGAAGCAGAGCCGGCGUGCGGGGUGUGUAUGUGUUCGCUGGGCGCCGGCUCAGCCCCAGGAAGAUGGUGGCGGCGGCGGCGGCGGCGGCGACUGAGACGCUGCUGAAGGGGAGCACGGAGGCGACAGCAGCGCCCGCGGGCAGGAAGGUCGGGCAGCACCGACUCUGCGCCUCGACUGGGGCCUGGAGGCCGGGGCCGCGCGCCGGGUUGUGUCUCCCGUGGGUGCUGUCGCGGGCGCUGCCCCCGCCGCUGCUGCUGCCGCUGUUCUUUUCGCUGCUGCUGCUGCUGCUGCCCCGGGAGGCCGAGGCCGCGGCGGUGGCGGCGGCGGUGUCAGGCUCGGCCGCAGCCGAGGCCAAGGAAUGUGACCGGCCGUGUGUCAACGGCGGCCGCUGCAACCCUGGCACUGGGCAGUGCGUCUGCCCCGCGGGCUGGGUGGGCGAGCAAUGCCAGCACUGCGGGGGCCGCUUCAGACUAACUGGAUCUUCUGGAUUUGUAACAGACGGACCUGGGAAUUAUAAAUAUAAAACCAAGUGCACAUGGCUCAUUGAAGGACAGCCAAAUAGAAUAAUGAGACUUCGUUUCAAUCAUUUUGCUACAGAAUGUAGCUGGGACCAUUUAUAUGUUUAUGAUGGGGAUUCAAUUUAUGCACCUCUGAUUGCUGCCUUUAGUGGCCUCAUUGUUCCUGAAAGAGAUGGCAAUGAGACGGCCCCAGAAGUCACUGUCACUUCAGGUUAUGCACUGCUUCAUUUUUUCAGCGAUGCUGCUUAUAAUCUGACUGGAUUUAAUAUCACUUACAAUUUUGACAUGUGUCCGAAUAAUUGCUCAGGCCGAGGAGAAUGCAAGAGCAGCAACAGCAGCAAUACUGUCGAAUGUGAAUGCUCUGAGAACUGGAAAGGGGAGUCGUGUGACAUUCCUCAUUGUACAGACAACUGUGGCUUUCCUCACCGAGGCGUCUGUAAUGCAAGUGAUGUCAGAGGGUGCUCCUGCUCCCCCCACUGGCAGGGUCCUGGGUGUUCAGUUCCUGUGCCAGCUAACCAGUCUUUCUGGAUUCGAGAGGAAUAUUCUGAUAUAAAGCUCCCCAGAGCCUCUCAUAAAGCUGUGGUCAAUGGGAAUAUAAUGUGGGUUGUUGGCGGAUAUAUGUUCAAUCACUCAGAUUAUAGCAUGGUUUUAGCGUAUGACCUGACUUCUAGGGAAUGGCUUCCAUUAAACCAUUCUGUGAACAGUGUGGUUGUAAGAUAUGGUCAUUCUUUGGCAUUACAUAAGGUAAACUAUCUUAACUCUUUACCAAAAAAGAACACAUGGAGUAUACUGCAUACUCAGGGAGCUCUUGUGCAAGGGGGCUAUGGUCAUAGCAGUGUUUAUGAUCACAGGACCAAGGCCCUGUAUGUUCAUGGUGGCUACAAGGCUUUCAGUGCCAAUAAAUACCGGCUUGCAGAUGACCUCUACAGAUAUGAUGUGAAUACCCAGAUGUGGACCAUUCUUAAGGACAGCCGAUUUUUCCGUUACUUGCAUACAGCUGUGAUAGUGAGUGGGACCAUGCUGGUGUUUGGAGGGAACACACACAACGACACGUCCAUGAGCCAUGGCGCCAAAUGCUUCUCCUCGGACUUUAUGGCCUAUGACAUUGCUUGUGACCGGUGGUCAGUGCUUCCCAGACCUGAUCUCCAUCAUGAUGUCAACAGAUUUGGCCACUCAGCAGUCUUGCACAACAGUACCAUGUACGUGUUUGGCGGCUUCAACAGCCUCCUCCUCAGUGAUGUCUUAGUCUUCACCUCGGAGCAGUGUGACGCUCACCGCAGUGAGGCAGCUUGUGUAGCAGCAGGACCUGGGAUCCGGUGUCUGUGGGAUACACAGUCGUCUCAAUGUACCUCCUGGGAGUCAGCAACUGAAGAACAAGCAGAAAAGUUAAAAUCAGAGUGUUUUUCCAAAAGAACCCUUGACCAUGACAGAUGUGACCAGCACACAGAUUGUUACAGCUGCACAGCCAAUACCAAUGACUGCCACUGGUGCAAUGAUCACUGUGUCCCUAUGAACCACAGCUGCACAGAAGGCCAGCUCUCCAUUUCCAAGUAUGACAAUUGCCCCAAGGAUAAUCCCAUGUACUACUGCAAUAAGAAAACAAGCUGCAGGAGCUGUGCCCUAGACCAGAACUGCCAGUGGGAGCCCCGGAAUCAGGAGUGCAUCGCCCUGCCUGAAAAUAUAUGUGGUAUUGGCUGGCAUUUGGUUGGAAACUCAUGUCUGAAAAUCACUACUGCUAAGGAAAAUUAUGACAAUGCUAAGUUGUCCUGUAGGAACCACAAUGCUUUUUUGGCUUCCCUUACAUCCCAGAAAAAGGUGGAAUUUGUCCUUAAACAUCUUCGAUUAAUGCAGUCAUCUCAGAGCAUGUCCAAGCUCACUCUGACUCCUUGGGUUGGUCUUCGUAAGAUCAAUGUUUCUUACUGGUGCUGGGAGGAUAUGUCUCCAUUUACAAAUAGUUUGCUACAGUGGAUGCCAUCUGAGCCCAGCGAUGCUGGCUUCUGUGGGAUCUUGUCAGAGCCUAGUACUCGGGGAUUGAAGGCUGCAACCUGCAUCAACCCACUCAAUGGCAGUGUUUGUGAAAGGCCCGCAAACCACAGUGCCAAGCAGUGCCGGACACCAUGUGCCCUGCGGACAGCGUGUAGCGAGUGCACUAGCAGCAGUUCCGAGUGCAUGUGGUGCAGUAACAUGAAGCAGUGUGUAGACUCCAAUGCCUAUGUGGCCUCCUUCCCUUUUGGCCAGUGUAUGGAAUGGUAUACAAUGAGCAGCUGCCCACCUGAAAAUUGCUCUGGCUACUGUACCUGUAGCCAUUGCUUGGAGCAGCCAGGCUGUGGCUGGUGUACUGACCCUAGCAAUACUGGGAAAGGGAAAUGUAUCGAGGGCAGCUAUAAAGGACCUGUGAGGAUGCCUUCACUGGCCUCUGCAGGAACUGUGUAUCCACAGCCUCUCCUCAACUCCAGCAUGUGUCUCGAGGACAGCAGAUACAACUGGUCUUUCAUUCAGUGUCCAGCUUGCCAGUGCAACGGCCAUAGCAAAUGUGUCAACCAGAGUAUCUGUGAGAAGUGUGAGAACCUGACCACCGGCAAGCACUGCGAGACCUGCAUAUCUGGCUUCUAUGGUGAUCCGACUAAUGGAGGCAAAUGUCAGCCAUGCAAGUGCAACGGUCAUGCAUCUCUGUGCAACACCAACACUGGCAAGUGCUUCUGCACCACCAAGGGUGUUAAGGGGGAUGAAUGCCAGCUAUGUGAGGUAGAAAACCGAUACCAGGGAAACCCUCUCAAAGGAACAUGUUAUUAUACCCUUCUCAUUGACUAUCAGUUCACUUUUAGUCUAUCCCAGGAAGACGAUCGCUAUUAUACAGCCAUCAAUUUUGUGGCUACUCCUGAUGAACAAAACAGGGACUUGGACAUGUUCAUCAAUGCCUCCAAAAACUUCAACCUCAACAUCACCUGGGCUACCAGCUUCUCAGCUGGAACCCAGACUGGAGAAGAGAUGCCCGUUGUUUCAAAAACCAACAUCAAGGAAUACAAAGAUAGCUUCUCUAAUGAGAAAUUUGAUUUUCGCAACCAUCCAAACAUUACUUUCUUUGUUUAUGUCAGUAAUUUCACCUGGCCCAUCAAAAUUCAGAUUGCCUUCUCCCAGCACAGCAAUUUUAUGGACCUGGUACAGUUCUUCGUGACUUUCUUCAGCUGUUUCCUCUCUCUGCUUCUGGUGGCUGCAGUGGUCUGGAAGAUCAAGCAGAGCUGUUGGGCAUCCAGGCGGAGAGAGCAACUUCUUCGGGAGAUGCAGCAGAUGGCCAGCCGCCCCUUUGCUUCUGUAAAUGUUGCCUUGGAAACAGAUGAAGAGCCUCCUGAUCUUAUUGGGGGAAGUAUAAAGACUGUUCCCAAGCCCAUUGCCCUGGAGCCCUGCUUUGGUAACAAAGCUGCAGUUCUCUCCGUAUUUGUGAGGCUCCCUCGAGGACUGGGUGGAAUCCCUCCUCCUGGUCAGUCAGGUCUUGCUGUGGCCAGUGCUCUGGUGGACAUUUCUCAACAGAUGCCAAUAGUGUACAAAGAGAAGUCAGGAGCUGUAAGAAACCGGAAGCAGCAGCCCCCUGCACAGCCUGGAACCUGCAUCUGAUACUGCGCCAGGGACUCUCCCUCACAGAGGGCACAUGGUACACCAAGCUGUCGCAGGGGAGGGUGCAGGCAGGAAGCAGGUGCAGAACAGAAGACUGGAAACCCUUGAAGCAUCCACCUCAUGUGCAUGAUCAUCCAAGCUGUUUUGAUGGUUCAUCCCUUCUGUGUCCAGCAUCUAACCUUUUACUUUUGCAUAGGAAAUAAUUUAAUUACAAGUCUAAGAAUAAGCUGCUCUUCUCGUGGGUGGAGAAGACCAGCGUAGAACCAGCAAGAGCUGAAAGUGAUGCUGAGGUCCCUUGUGGAAACUCCUCUUGGGAGUCUCAACUGCAAAAGUGAUGACCUUGCCAGCAGCUCUCCAGCAGGGUCUUCCGACACUCCUCAGACGGAUUGUUCUGAUUUGAAGCUUGUUGUCUUUUUACAAGAUGUGCUUUUACUCUCUUCCAGAAAGUAGCUUUUUUUCUAGCUGAGAACUAAUAACGGUCUGUCUCUUUGAAAGUCAUAUCAAAGUAUAAUCAAUGGGGCCUUGUUUUGUUUUUUUGGAGACAGGGUCUCACUGUGUAGCCCUAACUGGCCUGGAACUCACUAUGCAGAUCAGGCUGAACUGAACUCACAGGGAUCUUUCUGCCUCUGCCUCACAAAUGCUGGGAUAAAAAGUGUGCACCACCAGGUCCAGCAAAGGGGGCUAUUUUAAAUGUCAAGGUCAAUUGUGUUAGAAUAUAAACAAAUGUAAUAGAUAAUUCUCUAUAGCAACUUGAUUAAUUUUAAUUCAUUCUUCUCUUUAUCUCACGCUGUCAUACACACACACACACACACACACACACACACACACACACACACACUAAGUGCCUAGACUUUAAAUAGAUCUAGCAACUGGAAAGUUAAUAAGCCUAAGCUUUUACAUGACUCUGUUUCUCCAUUCUUGUAGAAUUUAAGUAACUACCAUUGCAAUCUGUUCUUUUUCUAAAGUCUAGUUUGCAGCCAGCAGAGACUUCUCAUCCCAAGAAACAUUUAAUAGGGACUAGCAAUAGGGACUGAGUGACCACCAGCCCCAGCCUAGUAUCACUCUAAGCCUGAUGCUGGGCCAACCUUCUGGGUUCCUUCUGCCAAGGCACCACAGAAAAGUACUCACUCAUGUCAUGUGCCUCUUUGAGCCGAUAAGAGCACUAAGUGUGUGGGACACUUGGCCCUGUCUUCCUGCAGCCCGCUCUCUCUGUGCCUGUGGACCAUCCCCAGGUUGGAUGGCACAGACACUAGAAGAGGGAUGAUGCCUUGCAUUGGGGCAGCAUCUGCUCAGAGCCAGAAAAGGGCCCUGGUUCCAUCUCUCCCAAGUGUGGGUUGGCCUGGUCUCCUCCCAGACCCAGCUGGUGGUGUGAGGAGGAUGAAAAGCACAUGGGGAGAACAGAAGGGACAAGACCCUCUUCUAAACAGAAAAUGACAGCAGUAAGAGGGGUGAAUGGCCCUCUGCUCUGUGCCCCGGGAUCCUGCCUGGACAUUGCAUCUCCCCACUUAUGGUGCUCGUAUUCUGGUGUUACAGCAGCCUCACCUUCCUUUGCCUGCUGCAUGUCCUGUGAUUCUGCUAGUACCUGACUAGAACAGACCUCAGGCAACCAUGCUCGAGUUAGGAAUUUGGAGAAGUUAACACUCAAAAGAACAGAAGCCGUAGCAUUUCAUCUUUAAAUGCAGUGCCAAGAGAGGGGGCAUUUCUCUAAGGCCAGCACUAACCCCAUUCCCGCCAAGACACUCCUGGAGAGAGACUUCCAAGCUGAACCAUAAAACACGAAUGCACAACACACUGCUGGAAGACUCACCUCUCAAAACACUGCUUUUUCACAACAUUAUUAAAGGACAGGAGUUCCAGAAAAGAUCCCAGUCUCAUUCCCUGUGCAGUUAAGAGUGCCCCACAUCCACAUCCCUACCAAAACACAGCACCUAUAGGCAUCUGCAGUGGCCUAACCCUUCAUCUCCAUAAUCACCAAAGGGAUUCUUGGCCAGGAGAGAGAGAGAGAGAGAGAGAGAGAGAGAGAGAGAGAGAGAGAGAGAGAGAGAGAAGUUCCACUGGGGUUUGUCCAACAAGGGAAUUUCCCCUGCUUUGCGCAAAGGACCAAAUUUCUUUGGCCAAAGAAAUCGCUUCUAUGUUAGCUCCACACCUUGAAAUAAUAUGUACCAUGGUCCCCAUCUACCUGCUUACAUUUUUCCCUUAGAGAUACUGUUUAUUCUUUGAAAAGGAAGAAGCAAAUGGCAUUUGAUUCUGCUCCAGUAGUGGAGAAACAGCCAACUCCACCUGCAUCUCCUUCAUAGCCAACAGCUCCUUUCAGGCUUGCAGCAGAAGGGAACGGCAGGGACAAGGAGCUCAGCUCAGAGCCAGUUACCAAGAGGACGUGGGGUUGUGACCCAGAACUGUGUGGCAUGGGAGAGCAUGUAUAUAAAAUAGUCAUGAAGACACUGACCUUGCACUUGUACAUAACUAUACAGUAGUGUCCAGAAUGUUCAGACAUUCAGGGUGUACAUAAAACAGAAAAGUAUCAUAAUGUAUUUUUAUUAACAUCUGAGUUUCACCUAAUCUGUUUCUGUGCCAUAUACUGGGUAUCCAAGCUCUGAGACGUCAACUUACCAGGCCCUGACCCUUUGAUAAGGCCACUCAUUGUACCACCAUGCUGGUAUGUUCAGUAGCCUUGUGCCCAUUAGGUAACUAAGUAGUGAUUCAGCUCUCAGAAUACCUAAGAAGAGCAAGCAUGGUGACACACCGCUGUGAUCCUAGCAUUUAGAAGAUAGAGGCAGGAAGAGCAAGAAUUCAAAAAUGAGGACUGGAGAGGUGGCUCAGUGGUUAAGAACACUGGCUGCUCUUGCAGAGGACACUGGUUCAGUUCCCAGCACCUACACAGUAGCUCACAACCCUCCGAAACUCCAAUUCCAGAUGAUCUGUUGCCCUCCACUGGCCUCCUCGGGUAUUGCAUGCAUGUGGUGCACAGCAAAUAUGCAGGCAAAACACCCAAUACACAUAAAACAUAAUGAAAAUAAAGAAUUCAAGAAGAGCCUGGGCUACAUAGCAAGAGCCUGUCUCAAAACAAACAAACAAACAAACCUAUGAAGAGCCAGGCAGUGAGUCUGUUUACAUGGCAGUACACAAGAGAACUCAGGAAGCAAGAGUAUCCAUACUGUUGUGCAUUUAAUGCUCCUUGUGACUUCUGGCAUCUCUGUGGGGUGACCAGUCUAGUCCUGAGGUAUUCUGUUACUCUUUGAAGUCAAAGACUGUUACCUGUGAACAUUAGACUUUGCAAAGGGGCUCUCUAGGCCACAUUCUGUUGUAGCUUUGUCUAAAAUUUUAAUGACGUUUCUGAGAACCGUGUUCUUUUUAUACUAAAAACUGGGGAUGGGGGCUCAUUUGUUAAUAAAUAGCGCCGUUUCCCUACACCUCAGCCUCCUGUCCCCCUCCUGGUCUUCCCUACACAGUCUGGAGAAGGGUCUGAAAGGUCAAAGGAGAUGUGGCAAGAAAGCACCCCAUUGGCUCCCGAGCUAGCCUGUAAGAAGACUGUCAGCAAAAGGAAAGUACCAGCAUAUCUGGAAGGCUUGAAGUGUAAGAUGGGAUCUCGUUAGGGAAUUGGAGGAACAAGAACAGAACACCCUGAGUAGGCGAUGCCACAGCCUGCCAGUACCCAUCCUCCUUCAGCACAGUGGGGUGCGCAGGGUGAGGAGUGGCUGGCUUCCUUGGGGGAUGGUGCUGUUUUUAUGAACACUUUGAUCCUUGGUGUCCUUUAAUUGAACAAAUAUUUACUAAGCACUUGUAAGCUAAGCUAACAUAAGAGCAGUGACUGGGGUAGAGAUCCAGCUCUUUGGACACAGCCCUCACCCUAGGGGAGCUCCUGGGGUGAGCCAUGGCUCCCUGACGAGUCUGAAGUGUUGACCCUGGUCACACAGCCCCCAGCACAGCUCUGGACCGAGAUGUCAGCAUGGCCUCUGACUGAGCAGAGCCUCUGGAGCAGGCGCCUGUCUGCAGGGAGCCCUCGGGGUGCCCUCCCAAGUGCAGAGAAACUGGCACCUUCUCUGCUGAAGGACCCGGACUCUGCACAAAACACUAGCAAAGCCUGCUGGGCCAGUUCGGCCUCUCGAAACGUUUCACGGUUAUUUACAGUUCGCUGUUUGUCUUCAUCCAGCUUAGUCUGUUCAUAUGUGUAAUUAGCAUCUGUUGCACUUGUGUAAAUAUGGAGUAAGUAUUGUAAACUAUUUAAUUGCUGGGAUUGUUGGUGUUAUACCUACAUUUAAGACUGCAAUUUUUGGUAUUUUUUGUAUUGUAAAAUAACAGCUAAUUUAAUCAGGAACGAGAUUUAGGGGGGGUCUGCAUUUUAAAUGCAAAUGUGAAGCACUUGUAUAUAAACAAAAGUAAAUAUGUAAUACAAAAUUCCUUCUGAAAUAAAAGUAGAUCUGGUAAAAA